CGAAACAGUAAAGCAGGCAACGGUGUUGAACUUCGCUGUUAUCUUUACAUUUACUUUUAGGUUUCCCCCCCUUAAUCUAACUGGUUAAUUAAAAUGACCGAGCAGUCGUCUCUUCUUCUUAGAAAACAGUUAGCAGAACUCAAUAAGAACCCUGUUGAGGGCUUUUCGGCUGGUCUGAUCGAUGACGAUGAUAUCUAUCAGUGGGAGGUUGUGAUCAUCGGCCCAGCAGAUACGUUGUUCGAGGGUGGAUUUUUUAAAGCGAACCUCACCUUUCCUCAUGACUACCCACUCCGUCCUCCAAAGAUGAAGUUUAUUACUGAACUCUGGCACCCUAAUGUGGCAAAGAACGGCGACGUCUGCAUCUCGAUCUUACACGAGCCAGGAGAGGACAAGUUUGGCUACGAGAAGCCCGAAGAGCGCUGGCUGCCGAUCCACACCGUCGAGACCAUCAUGAUCAGCGUCAUCUCCAUGUUGGCUGACCCGAACGGCGACUCGCCAGCCAAUGUGGACGCUGCCAAAGAAUGGCGAGAGGAUCCCAGUGGAGAGUUCAAAAGGAAAGUUGCCCGCUGUGUGAGAAAAAGCCAGGAGAUGGCAUUCGACUAGAUCUUCCCUUCACUGCAAUACUCACUUAAAUGACAGGAGAGCUUGAAAUACAAGUGAUCAGAGAUCCAUCACUCUGAGCCCAAGUUUCACUCACAAGGAAAUGGAAAUAUUGUAACAGCUGAAUCAUGUGUUUGUGUACGUGUGUAUGUGAGAGAGUGAGACUUAUUUAUUGUCUGGAUAAUGAUGAAGUGUAAUGCAUGUUUUUGUUUUUUUUUGUGCUUGUUUUCCCCUUCUCCUGCCUCUGAGCCAUCAACUAUGUGCAAAGUCACUUAUGCAAUUUUCUCAGUUUCACACUCACUCUAGCUGUAGAGAGCCUCAUACCAGAAAUGUCUCUCCCUAAGGAGUCAGUGUGCUCCCUGCUGCCUUAAUAUAUCCUCCUGUACAGGAGCGAAUUGAAUUCAGUGAUGCCAGGUCUGUCGGAAUUGAUCCUGUUUGUUUCGACAAACCAAAAAGAAUAAUUCAUGAAAGAAUAUUUUUGUGUAUAAAAUAUUCUGUGACUGUAAAUAUCCUGUAUUAUAGCCAUGUUUGUGUUUCGCCUCCACUUGAGUUCUUUUCAUUCGUGGCUAUACAGUAACUUUAAAGUAGUCAGCCAUAAUAUUCGUUUUUAAAUCUUUUGUCCGUUUCUCCUAAUUUACUUUAUCGCUCAUUAAAAGCAUUUUGUCUUAA